CAUGGUGCAAGUGGAGAUAAAAUAAAGUCAAUUAUUGACUAAAUUAUACCAAUAUCCAUGGCACCCCAUAGUAUAUACAUAUAAAAAUGAAAUAGUAAAGAAAUCAAUGUUGAUUUCUAAAUAAACCACACCCCCUUCCAUCCCGCUGUUGAAAACCCUCUAUCUAGAUUUUUACAAUUCAAACGCCAUUUUCUCGAUUCUAGAGAGAGAGAGAGAGAAUAUGUGGGGAUUUGGGGGAAGGUAUUAUUGGGGAAGAAAGGAGAUGGGGAAAGUGGAAGGAAUAGUUGUGGUGUUCGCAUGGAUGUCAAGUCAGGAUAAACACUUGAAGAAUUAUGUCGAUCUCUACCACUCUCUUGGAUGGAAUUCCCUCGUUUGCCAUUCCCAAUUCCUCAAUCUAUUCUUUCCAGAUAAAGCUGCAUCGUUGGCUCUAGAAAUCGUCAAUGAGCUAGUUCAAGAGCUAAAACUCAGGCCACGCCCUGUUGUCUUUGGAUCCUUUUCUGGUGGCCCUAAAGCUUGCAUGUACAAAGUACUUCAGAUAAUUGAGGGCAAGUGCAAUGGACAUAUCAAUCUGGAUGACUACCAGCUCGUAAGAGAUUGUAUUUCUGGCCACAUAUUCGAUUCUACUCCGGUGGAUUUUGUGAGUGACAUCGGUACUCGUUUUGUUCUUCAUCCAUCUGUUCUCAAAAUAUCAAGUCCUCCACGUCUGGUGUCAUGGAUUGCAGAUGGAAUAUCUUCCACUUUAGAUACACUCUUCCUUAGCAGAUUCGAAUUGCAGAGAGCCGAGUACUGGCAAACUCUAUAUUCCACAGUUAGCAUGGGGGCUCCAUAUCUGAUAUUGUGCUCGGAGGAUGAUGAUCUUGCUCCAUAUAAAAUAAUCUGCAAUUUUGCGUCGAGGCUUAAAGACCUCGGAGCUGAAGUUAAGCUGGUUAAAUGGAGUACCUCAUCUCACGUGGGCCAUUUCCGAAAUUAUCCAGAAGAAUACAAGGCAGCCGUGACUGAGCUACUCGGAAGAGCUGCCGGAAUAUACUCCCAAAGAAUCCGACAGCUGGAAGGGGAGAAGAUGGGCAUGGAGGGCCCACGUGACGAGAUUUCCGAUCCAUUUUACAAUCUCAGAAAAGCAGCUGCUGCAGAAUCGAGCCAAAUCUUCCAAAAACGCCCCUUCGACUCAAGUGAUCAUUAUUUGCUCCCGACAUCUCUAGAGUACCACGAGGAUAAAGACGUUGGAUAUGAACAUAAAGAAAGUUACGUACAAUUAGCGGGCCCCCCCAAAAUAAACCCCCAUGGGGUUCUUGGUCAUUUCCUCUUCGAUGCUUGUGUACCGAAGAAUGUUGAAGACUGGGAUUUAAAAUCUUUUCAGUCGUUAAGAAGGAGGCACUCGCAUUUUAUUAAUCCGAUAAAAUGCAUUCGUCGCUCGAGAUUGUAGAAGCUUCUAGUGGGAUUGGUUUGGAAUUGAAAAAAAAGUUUUAUUUUUCUUUUUUCUUUUUCCUUGUGUACCCACUGUUAACUUUCAGAUUAUUGAGAAUGAGAAUAAAGAUGUGAAUUAAUUAUUGUUAUUAUUAUUU